AUGCAGAAUUUGAGGUUCCACUUCCUCACCAAUUCCAAAAUUUUGGACGUAACUUCAAAAGAUAGCAAAAAUUUCCACGUCAAUCUUUUGAAGUGCGAGAAGGUUGAAAUCAAAGGAUUUACCGUCUCAGCACCUAAGGAAAGCAUGAACACUGAUGGAAUUCACAUUGGGCGUUCAACUGGGAUCAGCAUCACUGACACAACCAUCGGAACUGGGGAUGAUUGUAUUUCGAUCGGUGAUGGUAACAAGGACAUCACUGUGACCAACGUUACUUGUGGGCCAGGCCACGGCAUAGCCAUCGGGAGCCUUGGAAGGUACCCAGAGGAAGAACCCGUGUCCGGCAUCAACAUUAAGAACUGCACCUUGACUGAUACAACGAAUGGUGUGAGGAUCAAAACAUGGCCUGCUUCCCCAAAAGAUGGCAUUGCCUCAGAUAUUCACUUUGAGGAUAUUACCAUGGUUAAUGUUGGUAACCCUAUUCUCAUUGACCAAGAGUACUGCCCAUGGAACGAAUGCAAAAAAGGGGUUCCUUCCAAAGUUAAGAUCAGCAAUGUUAGCUUCAAGAACAUCAAGGGCACAUGUACCGACCCAGUUGCUGUGAAGCUUGUAUGCACCCAAGGCAUGCCAUGUGAGAAUGUGGAAUUGAGUGACAUUGAUUUCAAGUACACCGGAAACAAAGGCCCUAUUACCUCUGUGUGUUCUAAUGUCAAGCCGACAAUUAAUCGCGUGCCACAGCCUCUUGCUUGCGCUACCGGCGCUGCUGCUGCUUGAUCUAACAAGCACAGCCCAUGCUGCUGAUGUUUCUUCAGAGACACAUUGGUUGUGUGCUCUUUGAUUUUGUGCUAAUUGUACUUGGUGUUUUCAUCUAAGAGGGGGAAAAUAUCUUAGUACAUUUUUUGUUACAUAUAUCUUAAAAGAGAUGAAUAAAUCUUCUUUGGAUAUUUGAUUAAAAAAGAAUGUUAUUGUAAUAUGAAUCUUCUUUGGAUAUUUGUUUAACCAAAUUUACUCAAUUAGUCUCUUUAUUUAAUUGUUUCUGUAUGAAUGACCAC